AUGAACCCAGAAACCAAACUCAUCCUCGACGAACUCCACAGGCGCUUCACCGAUCAUGAUCUCAAGUGGGAUCAGCGAUUUGAGGACUGGGAGAAGCGCUUGGGUCGCCAGGUCAAGGAUAUGGAGCAGGCGCAGGAUGCCCGCGUCUAUGCUUUGGAGAAGGCGGCAACGUCUUUCGACGAGUGGUGGCCGAGCAUCGAGGGUACCAUUGAUGACAUCUGCCUCGAGGUGAAGAAGAUCUCACUCGGUUGGGAGCGCGCCAGCAUCGCCCACCCGGAAGACAAGUCUGGUGUGUUCGCGACGUCUCCCGCAGCGACUCAGCGUCUGUCCGUUGAGCCUUCAGCUGCACUGCCUGUGGUUGGGCCCGGCGUUGCAAAUCAGUACCGGGAGAGUGGAUUUAGGGUUGUUUCAACCCUAAUUCAUUCCCCGAUCAAGGGUGAGCAUCCACUUCCUAAACCCCCUGUCCCACCUUCUACCAUGCAUGCGUCUAGUUCUGAUCCUCCCAAUUCAGGGUAUCAUGGGAAUUCCAAUUCCAAAAUUCCUAAGGUUGAUUUUCCUAGAUUUGAUGGUGAUCAUCCCAAGCUAUGGCUCGGUGAUUGCUUAGACUACUUUAUCCUCUAUCAUGUUGAGUCCACUUCAUGGGAAGACCUGAGCGCUCAGCGGAAGCCGGAGGUUCGCAAGUGGGACGUAUCGUCCGGAGCCAAGCCGUUCGCUAGGACGGCCCUGCCUCUACCUCUACCACCGGCACGCGUCGACAAACCUGUGGCGCCGGUGGAACUCAAGCCUGCUCCGGACAUCGGCCGAGCUCCAUCUGCUGAUGAAAGAUGGGCGGCCCUGCGUUCGCUCAGGCUCUCUCAGGGGUUGUGUUUCCGCUGUGGCAGUAAAUGGUCACGGGAUCAUAGGUGCCCUCAAGCUGUUCAGCUUCAAGUAUUGGAGGAAGUUUUGGGAUUAUUCUCGUUGGAAGAAUCAGCCGAGCCUUCUGACGCGGUGGUUGAAGAACCUGAACCAGCACAGCUUCAGUUGAUUCUGUCCGUGGCUGCAGUUUCUGGGGUAUCUGCUCCUCGCACUAUGUGCUUUGAUGGUCUUCUCGGCUCAGUCCCAAUUCGUAUACUACUUGAUUCGGGAAGUUCUCAUACAUUUUUCAGUGAAUCUGUUGCUGCUCAUAUGCAAGAUUUGGCACCCCUGUCUAACCCUGUUCAGGUCCAAGUUGCUAAUGGUCAGGUUUUGUCCUGUACUCAAUUUAUUCAUUCUGAAGUAUGGUCUGUUCAGGGAUUGCAAUUCAAGUCUGAUAUCAAGGUGCUGCCGCUAUCCUCUUAUGACAUGAUAUUGGGCUUAGACUGGUUAGAGAGUCAUAGCCCCAUGCAAGUUCACUGGGCUCACAAAUGGCUCAAGAUUCCUUAUGAGGGUACCACAGUUCAGCUGCAUGGUUUAUUGUCUUCUAUUCUAGAGGGAUCUAUUAUAUAG